UUUUGCUUGCAACCCCCACCCACUUGCAUUCUGCUUGACGGCAAAAGAAAAUUUUCACUGUCACUCUUGUUUCUGGUCGCUUCCGCAGCAGCUUUGUCCUGUCCCAACAGCAGUGCAGUGAAGAAGGAGUGGGCGUCACAUAAAGCAGCCAUACCAUACCCACACGGCAGCCAGCAACGGCCUGAAAAUUGUCAAGAUACGCAAAAGCAAGAAAAUGAGCUACAAUGAGAAAACCGAAGCCAUCAGCAAGGAGGAAUGGCUGCAGCGCCUCGAGCAGUUCCCCUUCAAGCAGGCGGACAUGAAUCGCUUGAUUAUGAACUACUUGGUAACUGAGGGUUUCAAGGAGGCUGCCGAGAAGUUCCAGCACGAAGCCGACCUCGAGCCGAGCGUGGAGCUGAGCAGCCUCGACGACCGCAUCCUCAUUCGUGAGGCAGUGCAGGCGGGCCGGGUCGAGGAGGCCACCCACCUGGUGAAUCAGUUGCACCCGGAGCUGCUGGGCGGCGACCGCUACUUGUUCUUUCACUUGCAACAGCUGCAGCUAAUCGAACUGAUUCGCGCCGGCAAAGUGGAGGAGGCUUUGGCUUUUGCCCAGAGCAAGCUCUCCGAGUCCGGCGAGGAGGCCAUGUUCGAGCUGGAGCGCACCCUGGCCCUGCUGGCCUUCGAGAAGCCACAGGAGAGCCCCUUUGCCGAUCUGCUGGAGCAGUCCUAUCGCCAGAAGAUCGCCAGCGAGCUCAAUUCGGCCAUUUUGCGCUGCGAGCACAGCGAGGAUUCCACACCAAAGAUGAUGUUCCUGCUGAAGGUCAUCCUGUGGGCCCAGUCCAAGCUCGACAGCCGCUCCAUCAGCUACCCCAAGAUGAAGAAUCUCGAGACGGCGCAUCUCGAGCCCAAGUAGAGAAUCACACUACACACCACAACACACCAACACACCACACCCUACACCCCACACACACACACACACCCACACACCCCAAGGAGCAGUAGUACUCUUCGUUGCCGUCGCCGCCGCCGCCGCCGCCGCGCAGUUAAUACACACUUCUAUUGUAUCAUUUUUUUUAAAUAUGAAUGUAUGUAUGUAUGCAGUAUAGGAUUUACGCAGUGUUUAAGAAGUAAAUAAGUUAAUGGAACGCGAGCCGUCUCCGGGCCCCCUAAACAAAAACAAAAACCAAA